CUCGCAUGCUGUCUGUGCGUGCAGUGUCGGCACACGAGACCACAAGACGCAAUUUUACACUUUUCAGUUUCCCUCUGGACAUUCUCGCGCUUCCUCUCUGCUGGCUCACUCGUUACAUAACACACACUGAGCGUUUGUGUUCUUGAGAGCGUUGCUGAUAUUUUUUUUUCUCUACUUCGAACACACACACACGCUACACACUACCACACGAGUCGAGUUCAAACAACAUGGGACGUAAGAAGAUUCAAAUUACGCGUAUACAAGAUGAACGUAAUCGACAGGUCACCUUCACUAAACGAAAAUUCGGGUUAAUGAAGAAAGCGUACGAGUUAUCCGUGCUUUGCGAUUGUGAAAUUGCACUAAUAGUCUUCAAUUCGACAAAUAAACUAUUUCAAUAUGCAUCCACUGAUAUGGAUAAAGUGUUGCUCAAAUAUACCGAAUAUAGUGAACCACAUGAAAGUCGCACUAAUUCGGACAUUAUGGAGGCUCUGCAACGAAAGGAGUCAAAGCAUGGAGGUGGAGGCGAUUCUGACGAUGACAGUCCGGGACCAUCAACUCCGCUGAACGGUCACACCGUCUCGAACAACGUCGAACAACCGCCAACCGUAGCACCACAACCACCAGCUGCUGCCAUUCAUCCGCUCUACACCAAUCUCUUCCUUCAUCCUCAAUACCGCCCACGUCCUGAACCAACGAAACAUAUCGAAUUCCCCACAACCAGCUCGUUCCCGUAUGAUUCAUCCGGUACCGCACCAUUACAGCCACCGCAUCCGCUAGCCGCUUCUGACGCCGAUUGUGAACUCGUCGCUCCGCGCUCGACUGCCGAUCAGUCGUUAUGGGCGGCAGCGCUACAGCAUAAACCAUCGCCUCAGCAACAGCAACAACAGCAGCAACAACAACAACAGCAACAGCCGUAUGUGAAAUUAGAACCGCAUAGCCCACCGGAGAAACGAGCACGUAUAGCGCCUACGGCGGAUUGGCGGCCUCAGCAACUCACCUAAGUAAGUGUGCGUGUCGCGUCAUGUCGCUCCGUAUCGCGCGUGAGUCUGGCUAGGAUCGCACUCAAUGUUGUUCGUUCCUAGCGCCUCUUCUAUAUCGAAUCCCUGUGACUAGUCGUAUGCAGGUUGUCUCCCAUACAUGGUGAAAAAAGCAGUAUUUUUGCUUGUUGCUAACGUUUUAUGACUAGGAAAAAGGUUACACGAAGUUGGAAGAAGGCAGUUACGGGAGGGGCGGGGCAUUCGACAAAUAGGUUGCAAUACCGAUUUUAAGGCGAUUCGUGCGCAGGGACAGGACGCCGUUUCAAGCGCUGCAAGCGUAUCUCUAAUCAAACGCACUCUCAUCUCUCUUACCGUCUGCUGUCUCUUCCAAACAGGAACUGUCUCGGACGCGACGGUGUCCACUUUCUGCGUGACGACUCGUCUAUACUUGUUCAAAAUUUUAGAAGACCAAAUUAUCUUGCAGAAUGAAUCUAGAUAUAAUUAACGAAACCCCGUUAGCAACAAGGAAAUUUACCGCUUUUCGCCAACCCUACCCCUUUCAAGAUUAGCGCAGUGUUCCAUUUUAUUUGUUCUCCUUGUUUUUCGUCCAUUCUGUUCUCUUUCUCUUUUACUUUCAUUCGAUACGCUUAUAUCUAAUUGAAAUGUGCACCUAAAUUGCUAAUCUCGUCUCACAACUUUUUUUAAAGUUCUCCCGGUCCCAACUCUAAGCCACGCCCCCAGAGCACAACAUAUUGCAUCCCGGUUUCCUAUUAUUGUACUAAGUCUCCUUGAAACGAUUCUAAAUUCCUCUGUCAGCAUGUUGUUAUUUUCAGUCUCCUUUCUAUAUAUUUAAUCACAUUGUAUAUCCACUUCCAUACUUGUAAAUUUCAUACAAAAAAGAACCGAUUAACUAUCUAUGGUUUGUUUUUUGUCGAUGCUCUUCGUUGUUGUCCAGUACGUAUUAUGUGCGAGUGUGGAAAUUUUAUGAAAAUACUAAUAUAAAGUUUAUCAGAA